CUGAUUAUUAAAAACAACAGACUUUAUUGAUGUCGCCGUCUGAAUAGCGUUUUCUUAUUUAACGGAGAUAAGAAAAUGAGCGUGUCUGUCACUCACACUAUUCUCAAGAAUAAUGAUGCUAGAAAAGCUGUUCUGCGGGAACGGCUUUAUGACCACUUAUACGAUCCAGUCUACACAGUGUCAUCGGAGGUAGACCAUGCCAGGUCCAACCUCAAGGCCUACGUCUCUCAGGACAGACUUAGGAGAAUGCCUGAGUUUGGGUCUAUGUUCAGUAACCUGUCCCACCACCCACGGUAUACUGUUCAACUGGACCCUCCAGACCCAGUACCAGCCUUUAUUGAUCGUCGUUGGCGAGGCCACACAGAGCAGCGCAGAGAGGCUCUGCAGCAGAUGGCUGGGAUUAUUCCAAAUGCUAAGUCAUGGCUAAAAAAGGAAGAGAACCAUGUGACCGGAGCUGAUCGCUGGAAAUACUUUAAAUGCCCUCUGAUUCCCUCUGGACAGCACGCUCCCCCAGAUGUGAUUUUUGCAUUGCCGAAAGGAGACUUUGUAGCCACUGGAGGAAAGAAUGCUGAGCAACAGCCGACCCACUUCACCGUGGGGGUCCAGACCGACUACAGGGAAAGUGAAACACAGACAGACCCGUACAGCCCUGAGUAUGUGGUGCAACCUGGGACGACUCCCUCAGAGCUCCUGCAGCUGGCAGCUUUGACUUGGGGUCGUGGUCUGCCUGCAGGCCUGGCAGAGGUGGAAAUGAUUGAGCGGGCACGUGUCAAACGAGCUUGGGAGGCCUCCCUUCCUCCGUUGAAUGACCUUAGUCAGCUGGACAAAAGGAGACGUAUGAUGGAGGAGAUGGAGGCCCAAGAGUGGGCUUUCAGAGAAGCAGAAAUACAGAAGUUACAAGACGCUCGCCUUGCUGUGCUGAAGGACCUCUUGAGGCAAAGAGACGAAGCCCAGAAAGAAGUCACAAACGAGAGACUGAACCAGAUAUAUUCUAAGCUCUUAAAAGAGAAAGAGACCAAGCAGCAGAAGAUUCACAGUGACUACAUCAGGUCACUGAGAAAACUGGAAGUUAAGCACAGAAAUGUGGAGGGAAAACGAGAGAAACUCGUCAAAAACUUUGCAGAUUCUCGGAGCCACAGGGAAACCCUCACCUCCAACAAUAAGUUAAAAAACCACUACCUAGACACAAGUGAAGGCUUACGGAAACUAGAGGCAGUCUUCAGGCCAUGGGACAAAAAACCCAAAGUCAGCAUCAUCAAGACAGUGAUCAAGCCUCCUGAGAGCAGAGAGGUAGAACUGAUGAAGAAAUACAAGGCUUUGAAGGAGGCGGAGAAAGAGAAAGUGAGCAAGAAGUCUUUGCGUUUUCUUGUCAAGAGGGAGAAGCCUCUUCCUCGACCUGUCACUCCCAGAGUGGAGGAGCCACCAGAGGGGGAUGAGGAGAAGGAGCUCGCAGUCAUCCACUUGCAGAAACUACUGAGAGGAAGAAGUAUCCAACAUGAGAUGUUUAAAGGAAAAGAGAACAACCUGGAGCUCAUUCAGGAACUGAGGACAGUCCACGCACUGCAGAGUGAGGAGCAAGAGCUGCAGAAAUCUGACAAAGAGCUCGUAAUGAGCCUUAAAAAACAGAGAGACAAAUGUAGACACAAGACAAUUCAAGAUGAGGCGUCUCAGGCCGCAGUGGUCGGUGCAGAGCUUGAACACCUGUACGACACAUUGUCCAAGGAGCUUAUUCAUCUCCAGGAAGAGCGCAGGAUCCACGCCUUUACACUACUGGCUGAGAGAGACCGCCGCCUGCGAGAGGCUGAGGAGAGCGGGAGGAGACAGGUGGAGGAGCGCAGGCGCAGAGAAGAAGAUGAGAUCUUCAGACAGGUAGUGCAGGUUCACCAGGAAACUGUGGAUUUAUAUUUGGAGGACAUCAUACUCGGGACCUUGGAGCAGACAUCUGACCAGCAGGCCAGAGAAGAGAUUCACAGGAAAGCAAAGGAGGUCAGCGACAUUGCUUAUGCCAUGGAGGAAAGCAGGAACAAUCUUCAGUCGGAGGAGAUAGUGUCAGAGUUGGUGUACAGUUUUCUCAUCCCAGAGGUCGAGAAGAUCACGGUCAGACAAAGAGUGCACCAGAGGCAGCAUAGACACUUGCAGGCAGCUCGGAGCAUCAUUCAGGGGACUGCGGAGCAUUCUGAGAUCCUUCCUAGUCCUCUGGGGGCCGCACAGUUGACCUGUCCCACCGAGAGAGCCUCCAACCGAGUCCUCAAGGACACGAUCAGCCAAGGACAGCAGGAGGCAGCAACACAUUCAAAAUAAGUAA